AUGAUCCUGCAGUUGCAGACUCUCCUGGAAAAAGUUGACGACCCACUGAAACAGACUUUCCAGAAUAUGCAUCAAGGUUACCCAACCGAGAAUUUGGUGAGGUUUCUCAAAGCAAGAGAUGGGAAUGUAUCUGACGCCCAUAAAAUGCUUGUCGACUGCUUGAACUGGAGGUUACAAAACGAUAUUGACAAUAUACUGGCGAAGCCAAUUAUCCCCGUCGACUUGUACAGAGAAGUAAGGGAUUCUCAGCUCGUAGGAAUGUCUGGAUACUCAAAAGAGGGUCUUCCUGUUCUUGCAGUUGGUGUAGGGCUCAGCACAUAUGACAAAGCAUCUAUUAACUAUUACGUCCAGUCACACAUCCAAAUGAAUGAAUAUCGAGAUCGUGUUAUAUUGCCUUCUGCAACAAAGAAGUUUGGGCGAUAUAUCGGCACGUGCAUAAAGAUUUUGGACAUGACUGGUCUCAAAUUUUCCGCACUAAAUCAACUCAAGUUUCUAUCCGUAAUAUCUACCAUCGAUGACCUGAACUAUCCCGAGAAGACUCAAACAUAUUACAUAGUCAAUGCACCAUAUAUAUUUUCAGCAUGUUGGAAGGUUGUGAGGCCUCUUCUGCAAGAGAGGACUAGGAGGAAAGUACAAGUCCUUUCAGGCUCCGGAAAAGAUGAAUUGCUGAAGAUCAUGGAUUAUGAAUCCAUUCCUCAUUUUUGUCGAACAGAAGGCUCAGGUUCAUCACGGCAAUCUAAAAAUGGAACUGUAGGCAAUAGUUUUUCCUUGUACCAUCCCUUCCAUCAGCAGCUAUACAACUAUGUUAAGCAGCAAGCUGUGCUGAUCGAUCCUGUUGCACCAGUCAAACAAGGUUCAUUCCACGUGGAUUUUCCUGAGCCAGACACCAAAGAUGUCAAAAUUGCUAAAACUAUAGAAUCUGAGUUUCACAAACUCAGGAAUCAAAAAGAGCUUUCCCACUCAUUACGUGAGCUUAAGAUCAAUGGGGAUUGA